CGAGAUCCCGCCGCUGCCGCCCGUUGCUAAGGCUGUGCGAAGGUCUUGGCCUCCGGCCGCGGGCUAGCAUGUUGCCGAAAGCGAGGGUCCGGAGUCGCCCGAGCACCUUGGCGGAAAGGCAGCGGGAGCGAGGCCUGGGUGAGGAGACGCGGGCCGCCGCCGCCGCCGACGAGGUCCCGAGCACCUCCCGCGGGCUGGGCGGCUCCCAGGAGGCCCCGACCCCUAAGUCCCGGUUUUCCCGCGCCCCCCAGGGACCCCCCGGCGUGGGACCCAGGUCGCAGAAGCAGCUGGAACUGAAGGUGGCCGAGCUGGUGCAGUUCUUGCUAAUUAAGGACCAGAAGAAGAUUCCGAUUAAGCGCACCGACAUCCUGAAGCACGUCCUGGGAGACUACAAGGACGCUUACCAGGAUCUCCUCAAACGCGCUGCCGAGCGCCUCGAGUACGUUUUCGGAUACAAGUUGGUAGAACUCGAGCCCAAGAGUAACACCUACAUCCUAAUCAAUACUUUGGAGCCGGUGGAGGAGGAUGCCGAGGUGAGGGGUGACCAGGACACGCCCACCACCGGCCUCCUGAUGAUCGUUUUGGGACUUAUUUUCAUGAAGGGCAACACCAUCAAGGAGACGGAAGUUUGGGACUUCCUGCGACGUUUAGGGGUGCUCCCCACUAAGAAGCACUUUGUUUUUGGGGACACAAAGAAGCUCAUUACGGAAGACUUCGUGCGACAGCGUUACCUGGAAUACCGGCGGAUACCCCACACUGAUCCUGUGGACUAUGAACUGCAGUGGGGCCCACGAACCCACUUGGAAACUAGUAAGAUGAAAGUUCUUAAAUUUGUGGCCAAAGUCCAUAACCAAGACCCCAAGGACUGGCCGGCGCAGUAUUGUGAGGCGUUGUCGGAUGAGGCUGCCCGCGCCAGACCUGUGCCCCAGCCGAAUGCCCCAGCUCCGGCCGUGUGAAAGCGACGUCUUUUCAGGGGUGCUCGUGGAGGCGGACCCAGAGAGCGGUGUGGCUGAAGACACUUAGAUAUAUGUAGCUUUACGAUAUGCUUGCAACGUUUUGUUCUUUUUCAUCUUGUAAGUUAACUGUUCCAAAUCAACAUUUAUAAAAUUUUUUAAAUCCCUAGAAGGAUUGUUAAAAUUGAAACUAAGCUUUUUUAGCAAAUGCUAGAUUUUUUUUUCCUUGCCGUGCUUUAUUGUCUGUAUUUUGUAUUAAAAAAUGUUUCUAGCUCUGUAAAACUAACUGGAAAACCUUGUGCCGUGAUCUGAAACAGAUGCAUAAGAAAGAACAGAAAUAAAAAACGAAAAAUUUUUGUACCAAGAAAAAAAUUAAAUGACUAUUUUCUGCCGCCUUUAACUAGGGAAAAGAAAAAUCUAUACAUUUAAAAAGUCAAAUGUCUUUGCCUUUAUUCUUACAGAAACAGCAAUUUUAUUUUUGUGUGUAUGAAAGCAUUUUACCUUUCUCCAAACAAUGUACAUAAUGUGUUUUCUCCUUACCUAGCUGUGUUACUAGGUUUUAUCUUUUUUCAUUUGCUGUUACAGUUAUAAUAAACACAAUUUUUGAAGUA